CUAAACUUUUCCAUUGUAAGAAAUAUAAACAAGAGAUAUAAAUACGCUUUUCUUUACAUUUUUGUUUACUUCUUUUAGCUUAAAUUACUCUAAUUUUUAAUUAUUAUUUUAAUGCAUUUCUACGCCAUAAAAGCCAUAGAACGCAAUGGAAAUAAUGUACGUAACACUGAACGAAGUUGAAGACCGUGGAUGUCUUUCCCGCCAGAAAUAUUCAUGACUGCUUAGUUCUAUGUGCACACUUUGUGCACAUAGAGGCGCCAAUAGACGGGUUUCAUUUAAAAUACGCGGGCAUAUCCACUCUCAGAGUUCUCUUAAAUCUACUCCCUACGGCAUACUCUCCGCCUGUUCAGUUAUAAAGCAGCAGUUGCUCUAAUAUCGUAGAUUGAGACUGGUGCCGUUAAAUUCGUGUUGCUGAAAACGUAUCAAUAUAGUGUCAAGAAGACGUUUAAACACAUUUCAUACAUCGUUACGGUUUCCACAAUCAACAAUGGAAGAUAAAUUCCAAUUUUCUAUAGAUCGUGGCGGCACGUUCACUGAUAUAUACGCUAGAUGUCCUGGAGGCAAGAUCCGAGUUAUGAAAUUACUGUCCGUUGAUCCUAGUAAUUAUAAUGACGCGCCGACAGAAGGCAUCCGUAGAAUACUAGCAGAGGAAACUGGCGUUAAAAUGGAUGGCGCAAUCAAUACUUCUAAUAUAGAAUGGAUCAGAAUGGGAACGACAGUCGCAACUAAUGCGUUAUUGGAAAGAAAGGGUGCGAAAAUGGCGCUAUUAAUAAAUGAGGGUUUCAAGGAUCUUCUGUACAUCGGUAAUCAGUCUCGGCCUAAUAUUUUCGAUUUGGAGAUAGUGAUGCCACAGGUUUUGUACAAACAUGUAAUAGGAGUAAAAUGUAGGGUGAUUCCUGCUCUGCCGAAAAGUUGUCGUAUAGAGAAUCAAUCGUGGCGAAGGAUAAAAGGUUCCACCGGCGAGGAUCUGUUUGUUAUUCAAGAACUCGAUGAAGCACAACUAAAAGAAGAUUUGAAAAUACUUCGUAAUCUGGGAAUAGACAGUCUCGCUGUCGUUCUGGCGCACAGUUAUACUUAUGGGGCUCACGAGAUUAGAAUUGGCGAAUUAGCGCGAGAAGCAGGUUUCUCGCAGAUAUCUCUUUCGCACGAAGUAAUGCCGAUGACGAGAAUGGUUCCUAGAGGCUUUACGGCGUGUGCAGAUGCUUACUUGACGCCACACAUUAAAAAUUACCUACAGACUUUCUCUUCGGGAUUCAAAGACAACUUGAAAGGCGUGAACGUAUUGUUUAUGCAGAGCGAUGGCGGAUUGACACCUAUGAAAUCUUUUAAUGGGUCACGUGCUAUACUUUCUGGACCAGCUGGUGGCGUCGUUGGAUACGCAAUGACGACUUAUGGAAAGGAAACUGAUCUACCAGUGAUCGGAUUCGAUAUGGGCGGCACAUCCACUGAUGUAAGUCGAUACGGAGGUAGUUACGAGCACGUUUACGAAAGCACUACGGCAGGCAUCGCUAUAAAAGCUCCGCAGUUGGACGUCAAUACAGUUGCGGCCGGAGGUGGAUCUAUGCUUUUCUUCAGGUCGGGUCUCUUCGAGGUCGGGCCUGAAAGCGCGGGGGCCCAUCCUGGACCUGCGUGUUACAAAAAGGGCGGCCCGCUAACUGUAACGGACGCCAAUCUCGCACUGGGCCGUCUGCUGCCCGAAUACUUUCCCAAAAUUUUUGGGCCUAAGGAAAACGAGCCGCUCGAUGUAUCCCGUACGUUGAGUUUGUUCACAGCGCUUACCUACGAGAUCAAUGAAUUUCUCAAAAAAGACGAAGCUAUGUCGAUUGAUGAAGUGGCAAUGGGAUUUGUCAGGGUCGCGAAUGAGACCAUGUGCCGACCGAUUCGUGCUCUGACUCAAGCAAAGGGUUACGAUACUUCGCGUCACGUUCUGGCUUGUUUCGGCGGUGCUGGAGGACAGCAUGCCUGUGCAAUAGCUCGAUCCUUGGGCAUAAGCACGGUUUUUGUUCAAAAGUACGCCGGUAUCUUGUCGGCUUAUGGAAUGGCAUUGGCAGACGUUGUUGAGGAAGCACAAGAGCCAAGCGUCGAAACUUACAAUCACGAUAGCUUCGACCGUUUGGACGAUCGUUUGGACGCGAUGGAAGCCAAAGUCAGAAGUGGACUUCGCGCACAAGGAUUUGCUGAUUCUCGAAUAAAGACGGAAUCGUUUCUACACUUACGUUACGAGGGCACCGAUUGCGCUUUAAUGUGCACCCCUGCAAAGCAGAAUUCAGGGAACGUCGCCACCAGACACGGGGAUUUUCUCGCUACUUUUCUAGAGAGGUAUAAGACAGAAUUUGGUUUUACAAUACCAGAUCGUAAAAUCUUAGUUGAUGAUGUGAGAGUUCGAGGAACUGGGACAACUGAAAUUCCUGAGGAUCCCAUAUUACCUCCUUCACAAACUUUACCAGAAGCUGAAAAGACCACUAUGGUGUACUUCGAAGGUGGCUAUCAGGAAACAGGCGUCUAUCAGUUAAAUUUGUUAGCUCCUGGAAAUAUUUUAUGUGGUCCUGCCAUUAUCAUGGAUAGUUUAAGCACACUUUUAGUGGAGCCAAAUUGUACUGCAGAAAUCACUUGCCGCGGUGACGUAAAAAUUACGAUUGGACAAGGUCGCCGAACGAAAGUCACCACUGAACUCGAUAGUAUUCAACUUAGUAUUUUUUCGCAUCGUUUCAUGAGUAUUGCUGAACAAAUGGGACGAAUACUUCAAAGGACUUCGAUUUCCACCAACAUUAAAGAGCGAUUGGACUUCUCGUGCGCGAUUUUUGGCCCCGACGGUGGUCUUGUUUCAAACGCACCUCAUAUCCCGGUGCACCUGGGUGCCAUGCAAGAAACUGUGCAAUACCAGAUGAAAGCAUUCAAUGGAAAAUUCACGCCGGGAGACGUCAUCCUCGCUAAUCAUCCGUUAGCUGGCGGUUCCCAUCUCCCAGAUUUGACGGUUAUCACUCCAGUAUUUUACAAAGAUGUUCCCACACCGGUAUUCUUCGUGGCCAGUCGAGGUCAUCAUGCUGAUAUUGGUGGAAUCACGCCGGGCUCCAUGCCACCGCAUUCAACGAGCUUGAGUCAGGAAGGUGCUGUCUUUAAAAGUUUUUUCCUAGUACAGAAGGGAAUAUUCCGAGAGAAGGAACUAACGGAUGCUUUGAUGGCGCCGGGCAAAAUACCGGGAAGUUUGGGAACCAGGAAUCUCUCGAACAACAUCAGUGACCUCAAAGCUCAGAUUGCAGCUAAUCAAAAAGGUUUUCAACUAGUAAACGAGCUAAUUGAUAUAUACAGUCUCGAAGUAGUGCAAGCGUAUAUGGAUUAUAUUCAACGCAAUGCCGAAGUUGCCGUUCGAGAAAUGUUGAAGUCGAUAGGUAUGAAAAUUAAAAUGCGAAGAGGAAAGGACACCGGUAUCGAAGCCGUUGAUUAUCUCGAUAACGGCAGUCCCAUCAAGUUACAUGUGGAGCUCGACAUAAACAAGGGCGAAGCAGUUUUCGAUUUUAGUGGAACGGGAUAUGAAAUGUGGGGCAACUGCAACGCGCCGCGUGCCAUAACUAUGUCGGCGGUAAUUUAUUGUUUGAGGUGUAUGGUCGGACGUGACAUACCACUAAAUCAAGGUUGUUUGAAGCCUGUGAAAAUAAUUAUCCCCGAGGGAUCGUUGCUCGAUCCUUCAGAGGAUGCAGCGGUAGUGGGCGGCAACGUCUUGACAUCUCAGCGUAUUGUCGACGUAAUCUUUGCAGCUUUUGAAAUUUGCGCAGCCUCGCAGGGUUGUAUGAACAACGUAACCCUCGGCACUGAGGAAUGGGGUUACUACGAGACAGUUGCCGGUGGUAGUGGAGCAGGACCAACAUGGCACGGCAGAAGUGCCGUUCACACUCAUAUGACCAACACGAGAAUCACAGAUCCAGAAAUACUCGAGCUUCGCUAUCCAAUUAUACUUAACCGCUUCUCCAUUCGAUCCGGAAGUGGUGGUAAUGGAGCGUAUAUUGGUGGCGAUGGUGCUGUGCGUGAAAUGAUAUUUAGAGCUCCGAUGACCUUAUCAGUAUUAACCGAGCGGAGAGUGUAUCACCCACCUGGACAAAAUGAUGGCGAGGAUGGAGCAUGUGGCUUAAAUAUUUUGGUGCGGGCUGAUGGCAGACGGAUCAAUUUAGGCCCGAAGACUGCCGUUCCAGUUUAUACAGGGGAUAAGUUCAUUAUGGAAACUCCAGGUGGUGGUGGUUACGGUGCCGCUUACGAAGACAAGGGAGCUGAGAAAUCUUUGAGAACUUACAAUUCGCAGCAUCUAACAACAAGCUCUACACCAAAGUACAAAGAUUCAAAAUCUAACAGAAGUCAAAAUAUUUUUGCAGAACGCGGAAGUGUUUUUGAGUAUCGUAUGGCCCAGGAAUCCGUUUAGGAAAACUAAUUAUUACCAAAUAAUUAUUGCCAUGAGCGCGAUGAAUUGUAGAGUAGAAGCUACCUCGAAAGAAAUGAAACUGGGUCGCAAUAAUGCACUCACUCAUUACAAUGCAUAUUAUAAUUAUUAUUAUGAUACAUUAAUAAUGUUUAUUUUAUUAUUAUGGAUUUUUGAGCACACGUGUGCAUAUUGUUAUGUAUUUUUAAACAUAUGUUUAUUUUAAUAAAGAAGUUCUCAAAUUCUA